GACUGUGCGACUGGGAUCAGACUGGUAACAGAGCGACGGCAAGUUUGAAGCUGGUAGAGAGCUGCUGACAGUACAGAGGGAGUGACCUGCACCGCGCAGACAAACCGGAAAGUAGAGGCACUGGACCAUGACUUGCCCUUCAAGGAGUACCUGGACCAGAACCAUUUAGUCUGCCUGAAGUGGGGCUUUGAUGACCUGCAAGGGAACAUUACCUUCAAACUGGCAGUUAACACAACAGGCUGGGUGGGCUUUGGCUUCAGUCCCAAUGGCGAGAUGCAGGGGUCAGAUAUUGUCAUGGGGGGACUUGGACCCAGCGGAAGCUACUUCAAAGAUUAUCACGCCACAGGGAGCACCAUGCCUUUGGUGGACGAGAAGCAGAGCUACACUCUUCUCUCUGUGCAUGAAACCGACGGUCAAACUAUCAUGCUCUUUCAGAGGUCCAUCCAGUCAUGUGAUGACCAAGACUUCCAUAUCACUGCUCAACCCAUCAAACUGAUCUAUGCUUACGGACUAACAGAUGAGAUCUCUUACCAUGGGUCCCGUAGGGGCGUCAAGGAAGUCAACCUGCUGAAUUACAGGCCCAAGACAGCCUUAACCAACGCCAAGUAUGUCAGUGCCAUAGUGGACAAUAUCGCUGUCCCUUCCAAUCAAACCUACUACCACUGCAAGGUCAUGAAGUUUCCAACCUUAAAUACAAAACAUCAUAUAUAUAUGGUUGAACCAGUGAUUGAGCACCACGACAUUGUUCAUCACAUGUUGUUGUACCGCUGCCCCUCCUUUGUGACGGAACCAUACGACAAGCCGUGCUACAUGGGUGACACAGGGGAUGCCUGCUUUAUGGUGGUGGCUGCAUGGGCAGUGGGAGGAGGGGUGUUUGAGCUUCCAGAAGAUAUGGGUAUUCCUAUCGGAGGUGAGAACAGUGAUACUUUCUAUAGACUGGAAAUCCACUACAAUAAUCCUAACGAGGAGAAAGGCAGGACAGACAGCUCGGGAAUGAGACUGUACUAUAGGCCUAUAACCCAUCCCCAGCAGCAUGAUGUGGGCAUCCUGAGCACAGGUUUGCUGCCAUUUGAUCAUCUGCAGUAUAACAUCCCUCCAAAAGCCACUCAGUUCCACACCUAUGGUGUGUGUAACACCACUGUCUUUUCCCAGCUUGUGAAUCCUCUGCCUGACCUCCAAGUGUUCGCUGUCCUGCUGCACACUCACUUGGCUGGGAGGAAAGUCAGAGUUGGUCACUACAGAAAAGGAAAGCAGAUCGACUUCUUGGAUUUCAAUGAAAACUACAACUUUGAGUUACAGCAGAUUGUCAGUUUGGGAAACAUUAAGACCAUCAAGCAGGGUGAUGAGAUAGCAGUGGAAUGUACCUACAGCACUACCAGUCGCAGCGGAGUCACUAAGAUGGGGUUAGCAACUACUGAUGAGAUGUGCCUGGCCUUCCUAUUCUACUACCCCGCAAUCAAGAUCACCACAUGCAUCAGCCACCCAAAUACAACAUUUCCAUUGUUAAACACAAGCUACCAGAUGACUGAGGAGAACCCAACCUUGGACCUUGAUGAGAUUGCUGAGUAUGAGAGUUUGUUAAAGACCAUACCGCAAAUUCAAAUGAUAUCUGAUGACAAUUUUAACUUGUCUUUCUACAAAAAUGGCACAAUCAGAGAGAUGAUGAAGACGCCGACUGUCACUUGUCAGAAUACCAACACAGCAAGCAGACUCUGCACCCACUGGUUUGUAAACCCAGCAGGAAUGAUACUUUUGCUGCUCUGGAUUGCAAUAAUGUAAAAUGGAUUUAUGAACAGGUCUGAACAAGGACAGUCUUGAUGGAGGGAGUCCCAGUUGAUAAAACAUGACUCCUAACCAGGUGUGCUUGUAUUUCUGCUGAGGUGUACGUGGAGAGACUAGAGUAGCUCACAUAAUUUGAAAAAUCUGAUUUAAUGAUUUAAUUCAAAAAAUAUAUCCACAUAUUGAAUCAGCUAUAACAAUUGAUUUGGGUAUUUUAAGGUGUCUUAACUGCAACAAAGACUCUGUGAAAACUAGCUAGAAAGAGACAAGAGGAAUGAAAUACUUAGCUAUAAGCAAUGUUGAAAGCACUAUAAGUCAUGUGGUAGUAGUGUAAAUGAAAUCUUGUUAUCUUGUGAAGAUAUUAAAACAUCCAUAGUUAUAUCCACUUUUAUACUGAUGUUGAUUCAAAUUAAUGCAUUUGGUACACAACUGGUGGUGUUGAUGAGCGGGUAGAGAUCAUUUGACAGGAUCUUACAAAAAAGGUUGGGAACCACUGGAUGAAAUUUCUAUUGUAUCCAGUUGAUUUAUGCUUUCAUUUUGUCUAUUCAUAGCAUUUUAUUCAUAUCACUCAAUUCAACAUUGCAUUAUACUGUAUGUUUGUCAGUCUGUGCGUAGACCUGAUAUGUAUUAGAAUAUAUGGCACAAAGACAUUUGCACUUUUCUCUGUUUGUGUGAUGUAUUGUGUUGAUUGCAUGCACUAUAAGCCUAAUUGUUAAUUUUUUAUAUGUGUCUG